AUGGAAUAUGAGAAUGCUGAAGUGUUGCUGAAAAAGUCAGACCGCAGAUUCGUCAUCAAAGCGGAUGGCCUCGCCACGGGAAAGGGUAUUAUUCUUCCCGGGACGCCCGAAGAGGCAGAGAAAGCUGUAGAAAUGAUAAUGCUCAGCAGCAAAUCCGGCAAAUCUGGUGAAACGCGGGUGGGUAUCCGGAAUCAUAUCGCAAGAGUGAUAUCGUCCAGAUGGACACGUCUCCCCAAUGUGAGCCGAUUGACGCUUCGACGAGACAGCCGCUCACACCCGCAAGUGUACACAUCUUCCAUGCAGGCACUGAACGAGUUGGUAGUGAACCAAGAACGGCAGGUGGCCGUGUCUUGUCCGUCGCAGCGACUGGAAAAGACUCUCAAAGAAGCAGUCUUAGCUGCCUACGUAGGAUUCGAAAACAUCCACUUUGAAGGCAUGUUCUACCGAAGGGACAUUGGUGCCAGGCCUCAACGGCGGAGCUCCCGUGAUUAUGGUCAAGCGCCGAUUUUAGUCGGGCGGCUGGCCGGUUUGAUCCAGCGACCUCGGAGAGCACCACCAUCCACUUGCGAUGCACGUCUUUGUUGUCCCGGCGUCACCCAAUACUGGGCAGGCCACAAUUUAAGCCCUUUUAGACGAUGCCUCCAAUCUCUACGUGACGGGAGUCUACCGAGACCUGGGAAGGGUGCCUGCCGAGUUCCGAGAUCACCCGCGGGCGACGUCGCCAAUGUCGGGACCCUCAAGUUGGCCGGCGCGGACGCUGUCGUGACCAUCACCCCGCCAUUUUACUCCGAGUCCGAGCCGACCGCGAGGGCACGGGAGAUGGCUGCAAAUGUCAAGUAUGCCAUCGGAAGGGCGGUGGGUACUGUGCAACGGGUGGUGUACGUGUCGAGUGCGGGGGCUCACUUGGAACAUGGUACGGGCGUGGUCAAGACAAAGUAUGAGGCGGAGCAAGUCCUCACCGGCGCCGCUCCUGAAGUGGUCUUUGUCCGGCGCGCCUACUUCAUGAAGAAUUGGAAGGCAGCGCUUGAGACGCUCAAGGCCGAGUCAUCGUUCUUCUACUCCGUCCUGUGUCCCGAAGACUUAAAAAUCCCCAUGAUAUGUGAUGGCUGCGACGACUGGUGA